AUGCAAUCUAUAUUGCAUCAAUCCAGGCAACCACAGAGUGACAAUUCAGAAACGGGAGAUAAAGAGUCAGUAGCUAAACUAUUUGAGCAAGUGGGACUGCACAAGAUAUUGUCGUUGCUUGAAGCGGAAGAUGCUGAUGUUCGAAUACAUGCAGUGAAAGUGGUCGCAAAUCUUGCGGCUGAAGAAGCGAACCAAGAGAAGAUCGUGGAAGCUGGGGGCCUAACAUCUCUGUUAAAGCUUCUCAUAAGUUCGGAAGACGAGACCAUACACCGAGUGGCAGCAGGCGCCAUCGCUAAUCUUGCAAUGAGUGAAACCAACCAGGAGUUGAUAAUGGCUCAAGGUGGUGUCCGCUUGUUAUCAAAUACCGCUUCCAGUGCAGAGGAUCCUCAAACACUUCGCAUGGUAGCUGGAGCCAUCGCCAACCUUUGUGGCAACGAUAAAUUGCAAAUGAAGUUGAGAGGUGAAGGUGGUAUCAAGGCCUUGCUUGGAAUGGUGAGAUGCCGGCAUCCAGAUGUUCUUUCACAAGUUGCCAGGGGUAUUGCUAAUUUCGCCAAAUGUGAAUCAAGGGCAUCCGCUCAAGGAGUCAAGGCAGGAAGAUCCCUUUUGAUAGAAGACGGAGCACUUCCAUGGAUCGUACAAAACGCUAACAACGAAGCCGCUUCAGUUAGGCGCCACAUCGAACUUGCAUUGUGCCACUUAGCACAGCAUGAAGCAAAUGCGAGAGACAUGAUCAACGGAGGUGCUGUUUGGGAAAUGGUUCGCAUCUCGCGAGACUGUCCCCGGGAAGACAUAAGGUCUCUUGCCCAUAGAACCCUAACCAGCAGUCACAGUUUUCAAGCAGAAAUGAGGCGGCUAGGUUAG